AUGACGGAUAUUGAUAUGAGUAAUUUAAUUCCAGAAAACCGUUUCUGUCAGUAUGAUUUUUCUUCAAAUAACAUCGUUAAAAUAGUUAAUGAACAGAAUUUUAAAAUUGAUGUCGACAAAAUUUAUCAUGGAGGCUUCGUAAAUAUAAAUUCAAAUGAUAUCACACAAUGGUUUGACUUCAAAGAUCUAGGAAUAGACGACAUUAGUAUUCUAGGAAAAGUCAUGCAAUUUGGAUUUUCCUUGCAAAAUAUGAAAUGGACUUGUGAUUGCAGAAUGAAACCGUUUCUUGAACUUUCACAAGAUACGUUAAAAAGAAUCUGGCGUGAUUACUUCAAUGUUACAUGUUGGGAUCCACCGGAAUACCGUGGAGUGUCAAUUACGGAUUUUUUUAUGGAGGGGGAUCAACUUGAUUUGCUGGUUUGUAACAAGUCAUCUGCUGAUAAAUGUCCAAAAAAAUGUUACUGUUUUUAUCAACCGAAAAACAGAAGAACUGUGGUUAAUUGUACCGGAGUUGGAUUACUUGAGUUGCCUACCUAUGUUCCUGAAGGCGAUAACUUGACCUUGCUAUUUGAUGAAAACGAUAUAACAAAAUUAGAAUAUCGGGAAUAUUUUAACAGAUCGUCUGUCAUUAGACUUUCAAAUAAUAAAUUAAAUACAAUUUCAAGCAAUGCCAUUGAAUCUAUAGACAGCAACGCAGUUUUUGAUUUGUCUGACAACAAUAUGAAUGAGUUACCUCGAGAUUUUCAAUCAUUUGAUCCCUGUAUAACAAAAUUGGGAAAAAUACAAAUAUCAUGCGGUUGUGGUGAUCAGUGGCUUGUAGACUGGGUGAAAAACAAGCGAGCAGGACGAUGCAAAAACACAACUGAAAUUAUCUGCUUUAUCGGGGAUGAAUAUGUUUCAACGAUUGAUCUAGAUUUAGGUAAUUUCUGCAAUGAUGACUCUAAUUUGAUAUUUCUAAAUAUUUUAUUUGGAAUAAUAAUUGCUCUUCUAUUAGGAGUUUUCGGUGUGUUGUAUACAUUCCGCUACGAACUGUUCAUCUUAAAAAGACGAUUUAUAAAUCAAAAAUCUACGAAAAUUUACCCAUUACUAAAAUACGAUGUUUUAAUAUCUUUUGAUGAUAAUGACGAAGAACUGCGUUUGUGGGUUAUGCAAAAAUUGGCAUCCUACUUGAAAGGCGCUUGUUAUAAAACUUUUAUACCAUGUAGAGACGGAAAGUUCGGGGAUAUCAGAGAAGAAGCAUUGAUUAAUAAUAUAAAUAUCUGUAAGAACUAUAUAGUUAUACUCUGUGACAAAUAUCACACUGAAGAUACGUUUUGGACGACUGUUGAAUGGAAAUACAUUUGGCAUAGCUUUCAACACAAUAAGGAAAGGCAAAUCAUAAUUAUAAAUUACCAUCAGUUGGAGUCGUCAGAAAUCUGUGAAGAAAAACUUAAAGCUUUUAUUCGUGUUGGAACAGACAUUGACUUUUCAAACAGGAAGCAUCAUUUGUUCCAGGACAUUCAUGAAAGAUUAGGUUCUCCGAUUCUUACAAACAAUGGACUAAAAUGUGCAAACACAAAAUUUACCGCUAAAUCACUGCACAGUCAAGAGAUGUUUAUGCUAGAUAUAUAA